UUUUCAAUAAUUUUUAUAAUCAGUGUGGUCUACUGGUCUGUUCUGUGACCACUCUGGUCACUGUUGAUUCCAUAGCAGGCAAUUAAAAUUCUGAAACUGACACCUUUAGCCCUUAACCCAUCAUAUUUUUUUAAUUUAUUACAAUUUAAGCAAAGAAUAAGAUUAUUCUCUCUCUCUCUUUUCUUCCUCCCUUCCUCUGUUCUCAGUUCUCAGUUCUCAGCAAAGAAACAGAUUUCAGAAACAAAAUUGAAGGAGGGUGUGUGAGAGAGAGCAAGAACAAGAAGAGAGAGAGAGUUCAAAGAAAAGCUAAAAAGGGCAAAAGAGCAGAACCACAUUGCCGUACAGUUCACACUAAUUGGCUGAGAUUUUGCAGAAUCUCUCUUUACCGAUCAGAAUACAUUUUCUCUCUCCCCUUCGCACAUUACAGUCAAGUCUGUCUCUGUGAGAGUCUGUACUCUCUUUCUCUCUCUCUCUCUCUCUCUCUCUAAACUACCUGACUUCUGUGUACUUCUCCAGCUUUCCUUCUUACUCUUCUUCUGUAUGGUUAGUAUCAUGAUGAUGAUGUAAAACCCUAACCCUAGUCAGGGCUUUUUCGUUUCAUUGGGGGUCCUGCUUUUGCUGGAUCGUCUCCAAUUCUCAAAUCUGGAUCGGUUAGAUGGGAAACUGUUGCAGAUCUCCCGCUGCGGUAGCCAGGGAGGAUGUGAAAUCGAGUUUCUCAGGUCAUGAUCAUGGCAGAAAAGAUAGACAUGGAGCUGACGCCGGUGCUGGAGGUAAGAAGACCGUUACUGUCUUGCCUGAUACUCCAAAGGAAGCUAUCGAGGAGAAAUACGUUGUGGAUAGAGAAUUGGGACGAGGUGAGUUCGGCGUCACUUACCUCUGCGUUGACCGUGACACAAGAGAGCUCUUAGCUUGUAAAUCUAUUUCUAAGAGGAAGCUUAGGACGGCGGUGGAUAUCGAGGAUGUGAGGCGAGAGGUUGCGAUUAUGAAGCAUUUGCCUCAGGAUUCGAGUAUUGUGAGCUUGAAGGAGGCAUGUGAGGACGACAAUGCGGUCCAUUUGGUGAUGGAGCUGUGUGAGGGAGGAGAACUAUUUGAUCGGAUCGUGACUCGUGGUCACUACACGGAGAGAGCUGCUGCUACUGUCACUCGGACUAUUGUGGAGGUUGUUCAGCUAUGUCACAAACAUGGGGUGAUCCAUCGAGACUUGAAGCCUGAGAACUUCCUUUUUGCUACCAAGAAGGAGAAUUCACCCUUGAAGGCCAUCGAUUUUGGCUUGUCCAUCUUCUUCAAGCCAGGUGAGAGUUCCAAUGGCAGAUAUUUGCGUUUUGUUUUUACUGUCUUAUGUUUAAUUGGCAUACCAGCGGGGACUUUGGGAAUUGAAUUCCCACAUUCGGGGCGAUGAGUAGCCAUUGGGACUUUUAAUAUGGUAAUGACCAGAAAUGCUUAUUAAGAACUACAGGUGGACUUCUCUUUACUACAUUUUCAAGUAUUGCAUAGGAUUUUUUUGUUGAUUUGAUAAAUUUCUGGGUGAAGUGCUUCUAGCCUUCUAUGAUAAUGGUACUUAAAAACAUGGAAUGAUGGGGAUUGUACCUAUUGGUUUCUGCAAAGCAGCCACACACUCACAAAAGAAUUGAGGUGGGUACUUUUGUAAAUCAUCAGAUGAUUCAGAGUCUCAGACCAUGUAUAUAUUUGUGAACAGUCGGAGGCCAGCAAUCUGGUCAAUAGUCUGAUCUAAUUCACAAAUUUCGUGCGCUGAGCUUGGAUCCUGUUUCUUUUUUCCUUAUUUAUUUAUUUCCUUGUGAUAAUUUUAUUCAGAGGAAGUAAUUGGGGAACCAGAAAUCCAACCAACUAAUUGACAGCAGACCUGAUUCUAGCAAUCUAGCUAAGACAUAGAAUACAGAAUAUAGACUAGGAUUUAUGGUUCUGUAAGGCAAUUAGAGAACAGAGCAUAAGGAGGAGUGGUAGAGAAAGGAACUAAAUUAUAUGAAAAGAAAAGUUCAGAGAACAGAAGAUCCCAAACAUCUGGAUAAAUUUGAUAUUAUAGGAAGGGGAGCAAAAGUAAAAGAGAAUUGAUUUGAAAGAAGGAUAAUACAACCAGAAGUAAAUAACUUUUAAACAGAUCCAGAUAGAUCAUAUAUAUGUUUUUUGAAAUCAGAAAAACCAGAGAAACUGAUGACAGAGUUACCUGAUCUGUUGAUUAUAAAAUAUGCACUGUUUUUGAAAGAAAGAUAAUACAACCAGAAGUAAAUAAUGUUUACACUGAUCCAGAUACAUCAUAUAUACGUUUUUGAAAUCAGAAAAACUAAGAAACUGAUGACUUAGUUACCUAAUCUGUUGAUUAUAAAUGUGCACUGUUCUGGUAGCUGAUGUAUUCUGGCUGUGUUCCUGCAAAACUGGAGUGAGAAAAUAAUAGGGCAGUAACAAUUUUUGAAGUAUUGAAGAAGGAAAAAAAAAAAAAAAAACCCAAAACUAGAAUCAAUGAAAAGAAGAGAAAAGAAUUAGAGAGUGAGGGAACAGAUUUUGUAGA